AUGGAAUGGGACUUCCCACCCUCGUCCGUGCAGUCGCGGUGGGACGAGCUAGUGUGGGAACUCGCAGCUUAUCACAUCAUUUUUGAACCAGGGCCCCGCUGUUCCUGGGGCCAGGCAUCCAGAUUAUUACAAAAUGUUCGUUCUGCAUCGACAAGGAAAAUUCAAAGUGGACGGUUGGUGGGCCCGAUCUCAAAGGGCUUAGCUGCCCUGCUGGUCGAGGUCCUUGGCAGAGUUCUCGAAACACAUUCCUUGUCAAAAGAGCUCAACCUCUCCCGAUCUCUAACUGCCGAUGCGCAUUCGCUGUCGUCAGCUGUCAAGUGUGCGAUGCUGUUUCAAGAGUUCACCAAUCAGCCAAAGCCUCUGGUGACAACUCCAUUUGGGUUUAACCAGAGAUGUUACAACAGAUUAAGGUGGCAAGAUUACACAACAUAUGCCAAUGGCUAG